AGAGAUGGGUUUCUUAGUAUUUUAAUAAAAUAUCCGGAAAUUAAAGAUAUUUUAGAGAAAUAAAUACACAUUUCCAACCCUGAUGUAAACAUUGCCCGGCACAAAGCGUUCCUCGACGUAUAGACGGAAAACAACCACCACCAUUUCAAGGGAUAAACAAGACAAAACAUAUCAAAUUGUUUGUAAAUGAAAGAUCAAACAGAAAUUUGUUGAAAUUGUAAGAAAUUCUCUCGCUUUAAAAUCUCCACAAUGUCACGAAGUGUAAGAGCCGAGACACGUAGCCGGGCCAAAGAUGACAUCAAAAGGGUAAUGGCCGCUGUGGAUAAACCCAGACAUUGGGAAAAGAAAUGGGUGACCAUCAAUGAUACCACAAUGAAAAUCUUCAAAUGGGUUCCAAUAUCGAAUAACGAUAAAAAGAAACUUGGCGGUGGUGGUGGCGGCGGGGUCGGUCUGGGCAGCAAGAGUGACAAGGAGAAUUCCCAAAAGAGUACACCAACACCGCCACAAAUAACAUCCAGCUAUGGAGGAGGCCUAACUGCUGAGGAUUCCAAUACCUGUUUCUCCGUUGUCAGCGAUUCGCAGGGUGCUGAUUUUGUCAGCAGUAUGCCAUUUUCGGAAGACUCUAAUUCACAGGGCAGUGAGGGACCAGUUAAGCGACUUAAAACCUCCGAUUAAUUUACGUACAACUCACUUUUCCUCGUAAUAUAACAAACUAACUAUAUAUAUUUUUGUAUUUUAAGUCAAUAUUUAGCUGUAUAUUUGUAUAGUGUAAUGUGUAUGAAAAGUAAUGAAUGUAAUGAAUCUUAAAAAAGAGUACACUUAAUAAGAUACCCAUUUGCAUUUCUCAAACAAAAAAUCAAAGAUUUUUGGAAUUUUAGCAGACGCUGCAGCGUUGUGUAAAUUGACAAACAAGAAUAUAAGAGGUUUGAUAUUAAUUCCAGCCAAGAUUUUCUUUAGGCUUUUUGACACAUAAACAAAUACGGUUUAAGUGAAGCAGGGUUAAGACAGAACGGAAGACGCCCGAAAUGAGCCAGUAGGCCGAUGUGAUAAUCUGUUCUCAAAAGAUAAUUCUGCAACAGUUGGAAUGUUUUUAGCAGAGUUUCUGGCAAUCAUUAAAAUGGCGAAUAUGUAUGUCUCCACAGCGUCCAUAAAUACCAUUCCUUUCAAACGUGGUAAAUCCAGGUAGGUGUUCAGGUGGUGCAUGAUCAUAUGAAUCACACACUAAUGUUCUCGAUUGUGUAAUGAGUCAACGGAAGGAAAUCAAUAGCCAAUCGUUUCGUUUGAUACUCGCCUCAGUACUCAACGGCUCAAAGACUAUGGACUGUGACCACAUUUAUUUCUAGGUCUUGCUUUUGUUCUUCUAAAGUAUGGAAUGGUUAUUAGAACUUACCAUAUGAUUUGUUUCAAUUUAUGUACUACCUAGAAGAGACGGCAUAAACUCUUUCAUAAUACAGCCCAUUAAUUCAGAGGAACCGAUCAAAGAUGGAAAUAGGCACAGGUGCAGGAGUGAACUGUACACAGGUUCUGGUGUGGAUUGCCACGCAGACUGUCGGAGAAUCGGUCCCUUAAUAUCUUAAGAAUCAUAUGGCUCUGUGACUUUGAAAUCAUAGAGAAGCAAUCAAGGUGAUUUAGCAAAACUGAAUAUCAUAUUCCGCUCAUUAUUCUGGGUGUCUGUGAUAUAUGAGGGAACAAGAAAGCUCGAGGAGUCUUAGCAACGUACGAUUGAAAGUUAUACACGUAUACGAUGGGGUUUUGAUUGCGAUGUGUUAGCUUAAGUCAUCCAUCAAGCUUUGUUGCGUUCCAGGCAAUUGCAACAUAUCUGGUAAUGCAUCAGCAGAUAAAGUAGUGACAUCGACAACUCGGUGAGGCCACCUUUGUGCCACUUCUUCCGAGUGAUAUAUAAACAUUACUCCAGGAGUUUUCCACAAAACUGCCUAAAUGAAGGGGGAUGUAAUGUCUGUAAGAAAAUUUUGCCGAAACUCUACGUUAAAAAAUUAAGGUCGUUUAUCUCCAUGGCAAAAUCAGAACUAAAACUUGGUGGUUGGAAUUAUCAAAGGUUACUGUUGCAUAAGAGCCAUGACUUCUAGGUUGAGUGACGACGACACCAAUUACUGUCCAACUCUCUUCGGCUUGAGACAAAAGCUUAUGUAAGGCAAAUUAUGCACGACCUGUUUUCAUUCUUCGACAUGGGACCAGUAGUCGUUCUUCAGUAAGCCAGAAGACUAAAGACAACAUCUUCAUUUUUUCUUCGUGUUACAAAUUACAAAAUUAGACCAGUAGGUCUUCGAGAAAAAUAAAUGACUCAAAACAACUGGUCAUCCCUUAACCUAACUUUAGGUUUCACCAAGAUGAACGGAUUCACGGCAUGAUCCACAAACACGAUUUUGGUAUGGAAUUUGAAUAUAUGAACAAAAUCAUUACAUUCCCAGAUGCAUUGGCUCUUGGAACUCCCAAAGAUUUCAUAUUUUAUCUGUACCAAAACUUUGGUCCGCUAUUUCUGUUACCUCACGGAUAUUUCCACAUUUUCUAAAACUUUGCACAUAUCUCAUAUAAAGUAUAGGAAGUAGUCGAUAUGGUUCAAAUCUGGCACGUUGUAAUAUUUAUAUCAGUCUUAGGUCAGAUACAAAUUGGUCAAUAUUGACCAACUGCUUCAGAACCUCCCCCAUAAAGGGUCAACCGUUUGAAUAAUCAAAACGCAAGGAUGGGGUAUACAUUUGUCGGCAGAGGAAAAUACAUCACAGAUUCGACUCAAGGAACCAAUGUAUCGAUUUUGCUGCUGCGACCCCAAGAAAGACGAUAUUAUCUGGAGAGUAGGAGACUUUCAACUUAGCUUGAGAUGUUUUCAAAUCACUUCUUCCUCACCAUUGACAUCGAAAGCGCUCACUUAAAAAUACGUCAAAUGACUAGUAAAUACCAAAAGUAAAGGAAGAACGUGUACCUAUGCAUUGUGGAAUCUUGAAAAUCGGUCCUGAAAUUAGUGUGGGUUGAGGAAAAACCUAAUUAAUGGUAAUCCGAAUUAGAAGCGGUAUCAUUUCUUUAUUACCGUUUAUUUUCAAGGUCACUUUAUCUAAAAAGGCUAAUCAUCCUUAGAAACCAUAAAAUGUUCAUGAUUUUGAUUUUUAUUAAAACUUUAUUUUUUGUCAAUGAAUGUUUAAUAAAUUAUGUUUUAAUGUCAAUAAAACAAUCGAAUAUUAUUGUCCACAUUAAUGAAACAUAGAUAAAUUACGCGUAUAUUUAUGAAGUACAUAUGUAUAUA